CGCCACACCGUUUGUGAUUGUAACCGACAAGACCGUAUUUAGGCUUGUGGGGGAGAUGAUCCGCUGGCAGCGUAAUCUUCGAGCAACUGCUAACGUCCCCAGCACCGGAGCGGAGCGGAGUAGAGCAGCCCAGAAUAAUGGCAGAUCGUUUCUCAUCCAUCACUACCUCGCCGGAGAACCCCGCCAAGUCAAUCCAAUGAACCACAAAUUCGAAGAACCACCGUCACCGUCGCCACCAUGGGAUCACAGGCUCCACCACACCAUAACCAACAUCCUACUAACUAGUCCGACCACCGCGCCGCCGCUCUACUCCCAAUUCCUCAUCGCCCAGCAGUUCUCCUGCUACCUCAACUGGGACAAAUUCAAAGACUUCCGCCUACUCUUGUGAUUGUGAUUUCAUCGUAUCAAACAAGUCCAAUUACCAAAUGCAAAACAGGAGGGUGGGUAGAACAUUUCUGUCCUAACACAACCGUUACGGAAGGCUAUUUACAUAACCGGAAAUUCUGAAUGAUUAAUUAACUAUUUAAUUUUCCUAUGCUUAUCCGGAUGAUCAAUUAAUUAUUAAAUUUUUUUUCUUCAUAUAAGUGUAUUGUGGCUAUUAACUAAGCCUUACGGUAAGAAACAGUAAACUCACUU